AUGCGAACUCGAUCCUCGAGCGAUGAUCCCGAAAUGUUCGAUUCGUCGGAUUUAAGAGCUCUCCGUCAUCGAAUCGACACCACUUACGAUGAUAUGAGGCGACUGAUCUUGCUGGCUGCUAUUUUCUUCCUCGUCGGCAUUCUAGUGAUCAUGGCGAGGUUGCAGGUGGCAACAGAGGACAUCUUCCGGUGGGCGCCCGUCAUUUGGCUGCUGGGUGUCGUUGUUGCUGGAACUUUCAUGAACCUUUUCCUCCAAUGCGCCCGUUUCUUCUCAAAACGUCGAAAGAGGAGAACGCGCCGUGCAUCGAUUUCAUCCUCACACCUUUCGUCGCUUUUCGGGAAUUUCCCGAAUUCUUUCCCUUGUUUAGCUCCAUCACCACAUGUUGGAUGUUGCAGAGAUCCAGCCCGUCGCAUUGCGAGAGAUCUCUCGGAAAGCAAAGAGAGUCUUCCAGCAUAUGAAGAUAUUGUACAGUCGCCCUCAACCGAGAGUCCUCCUCCCGCUUACGAGGAGGCAAUGUUGAGUCGUUUAUCGAUAUUCUCUUCACCUUUCAAAAGAACUCAACCACUCUAUUGCCCAGUGCACGGAAAAAUUUCUCGAAGUACGACAUUGGUACAAAUGGAUUCACCCGCAAAUCCACUUUCCACAAUUGUCGAUGAGACUUCUCAAUGCACCUUUUCCAAUCAAUCCAAUCAAUCACCGGCUUCA